CGGCACCCCGUUUCUUAAAUAAGCCGACCACCCGGGCGAGCGUUUUCUCCGUUCAUGGUUCGUACUUUUCACUCGACUUCCACACGCUCGCGGAAGAAACAAGCGAAAAAACUGGAGCGCUAAAUGUCCUCAGAGAGGAGGAAAACUGCCUUGCUGGCCCCAGAAGCUCUGAGGGAAAAUUCACGCAGACGAGAACGAGCAAGACAUCGGCGAAGCCGCUGUUGACGGGGGAAAUCGUUUCACGGCCAGGCAGCCACCGCGAGCGCGGCUGUAAAACACCCGCAAAAUCGGGCGAACUGGUGGUUUUUUGUCUUGCAGAACGAACGCCUUUUGCUGGCACUUGAGUGGAAGCCGAAGAAGCGGAAAUAGGAAUUUCGUUUCCUCUUGGUGUUUUGUUCCAGACAACUCGCUUCUCAAUUGUCUGUCAUGGCACUGGAAUCGCUUGUGGCGGCCAUCUUCUUUUGGUGGUUCCUUCCAGCCUAGCUACCGCAAUUUAAAGCCUUUUUGCUGAUAGCUUCCCGUCGAGAGAGCUUGUUUCCCGAGUCCACCGAGCAAAUAUCCACCUCCUUCCCGUGGUCUGGAGCUUCUUGCCACCUCCUCUGGCGCGUUUUCUCCUUCAUCUUCGUCCCCCUACUCCGUCCCCGCCUACUGUCUUCCAUCCUCUUUGCUUCCGAGUCGUUUUUUCGCCGACUUCGCUGGCCUUCUUCCCUCUUACGCUCCGAUCCUGCUCUCUUACCUCUCCACAUUCGUCUCAAUCACUUACAGUUUCGUAGAUUUGUCUCGUCUUUUCUCGAGUGUUUCCUGUGCGCUGUCUCCUCCGAUUGUUCACUGUCGGGUUUCCGGUAUCCUCUUUGAUCAACUUUUUCCGUGUGACGCCUCCAGCGUCUCGUAAUCUCCGACAGAUGCGGCUUCUCCGUCGAUACGGGACCUUAGGAAACGGUUGCCUGCCUCUACGAAAGACGAAAGGGAGGGUUCGCCGCGGUAGCUUUUGAGGGUCUCAGGAUUUCCAGGGGAUUCCCACCUCUCCUCAGAUUCUUUGGUGUCCGGAUGAUGAACGGCUUCAUAGAAAGGAGGGACGAGCGUCGUCGCCGCGCUGCGGAGGUCCGGGCAGCCGGGGGAUUGACAGGGGCAGAAGCGGGUUCGCCGUCUGCCGCAGCGUCAUCUCCGCGGUCGCUACUAAGUUUCGGCUUGCCUUCCUCGCCUCGCCAGGCGCCGCCCUUCUCUUUUGCGGAGGAAGCGGCUCCGACGUAUGCUUCCUGUCGAGAGAGAGCAGCGCGCCUGCAAGCGGAGGCGGCCGAGAGCCGGGACAAGGCCAGCUGUCUCCGCAUGGGGUUCCAGAGGUCGCGUCUCCUGUCUGCCGCGGCGAUGAAGGAGAAACAGGCCCAGGCGCUGUGGGCCGCGGCAGACGCGGCGGAGCGAGAAGCCUCCCUCAUGGAGCAGCGAGAGGGCGGACGGGUGCAGAGAGAGCAGAGUAUGCGAGUGGAGGAGACGGAGAGAGAAGAGGAGGGAAUGCGAGAGGAGGGACGCGGACGACUUCGUGUCGAUUCAGGCCUUUACGACAAGUCUAGUUCGUCCGUCUCUCCGGUAGCCAAGGCGCAGCGCAGCUCCUGCACAUGGAGCAGGGACGCUGCUGAGAGGGGGGAAUCCGUGUGGAGACGAGAGAGCCAGCAGGAUUACGACAGAGCGGAGGACAAGUCGGCAUUUUCGGAAGUCAGAGACGAAGGCGUUUUCGGUAAAGGACGACACGGCAGAACACGGCUCAGAGAGCCCUGUGUCGCUGGGGCUUUCGCGGAUUCAAAGAGUGGGGGAAGCGCUGAAGAACGGGGUGAAGCAGGCGGUCUGGACGGAGACGUCUCUGCGGAUACUGGAGGGCCUUCGCGGGUGGACCCGCCGUGGGUACGUCGAGCGCAGCAGCUGCGUCUGGAAGCGGCUGAGCACCGAGACCGGGCGCAGUGCGUGCGAGGGUCGAAGCAGAGGGGCUUGCUGAUCAUGGCGGAGAAGAAGGAUAGCGAGGCUGACGCGCUGCUUGCGGCCGGAGGCUGCGACCCCCCAGCGACGUCGCUGUCAAGGACUUCUCCAGCGCCCGACACGCUUUGCGGCUUCCACGAAGGGUGGGCCACUUCGGAGGCUUCCUGUCAACGCCCAUGGGAGCCUCCAAGGAACGAAGCGACUCUCUCUUCCAAACGGCCGUCGCGUGGAAGCCCUGAGGCUCCGCGGCGCUUCCGGCUGGGCAGCGGACGUGAGGUGGUCGAGAGGUCCCCCCCGCAGCCCGGCACGACUGGCCUCGAGCCGCCUGCUCCGCCGUAUCGCUCUGCAAGAGACGACUUUCCCGACGAUCACUCGAGAGAGACAGUCGCCGACCAGCGUCUCGCUCGCAUCAGACAGCUGCAGGAAGAGGCAGCCUGCGCCAGGGACAAAGCCGCCCUCGUCCGCGGCGGCAAGCAGAGGGCCCUGAUCAUGAUGGCUGAACAUCGGGAGCAGCAGGCGGAGCUGCUGAUGCGAGAGGGGCUGGAACAAAGUGGAAGGCUGGAGGCGAUGGAGGGGCACUUCGGAGACCGGGGAGACGGUGGCGGCCGCCCAGGCUCCGCAGCUGGCUUGCCGCCUUGGCUGAGAGACGAAGAAAGCGCGAAAGGCCGAGGACGAAGAUCGCAGGACAUGAGCGCGAUUUUGGAAAUGGGCGGAGUGGGCGGCCGACAAGACAACCUUGACAGGGCUGUGAUGCAUGGAGCACCCACCGAAGACGGACCCAGCGACCACGAACUCUCCAAAAUGACACGUUGCUUGUCCCCUCGCACCGUGGCUUCACUUCCGCCGCACGUCGUCUUUGAAGUCCAGAGGUUGUCUAGAGAGGUGGAUGUUCUUCGCGACAAAGCGUCAUGUUGUAGCGGCGCGAAGGCGCGUCAGCUGAGGUCGAUUGCGGAUAUUAAAGAGAGGCAAAUAGAAGAUCUGCUUCACCCUUCGCCUGCGACGGCCCCUCCCGCAGGGCCUCAACUGACGCUCCCAGCGAGCGCUCCUCCGCAAGACAGCCGUGGAGCCCCAGGGAUGUCGCCAGCCUCGCUGUGGCCCGAACACAGUCUGUUGGGGAAUCAAGUUGCAUGCGCCCAGCCGCAGGUGCCGAGUGGCGCUCACAGUGCAGGGGUGCAGCUGAGUGGCCGUUGCAAACUCGAAGAGCCAAGCGAGCAAGUGUGUCACGUGGCUCUAGGAGGCGUGGACGCGACGCAUCUUGGAGUUGGCGAACAAACGAAAAGUGGAAAAAGCGAACUAACCACAGCCGAAGCUGCCGAGGAGAACCAUCCUCUCGCCCAUCACCCGGACUGGCAACGGUACAACCAGAUGCUCAGGGAGGCCCGGGAGCACCGGGGCAAGGCGGCUUGUGUCGCGGGGGGUCGGCAGCGCCAACUUCUCGCGAUUGCGGCGGCUAAGGAGCGACAGGCAGAGGAGCUGAAGGUGAAAAUGGAGGAGUCUCUUCCGGCCCAAGUUCGCCUCGACUGUGUGGAGCGGGGUGGCAGAGACGCGCACAGGGGCGUGUCUUUGCACCGCCAUGAAGAGCCCUCUCUCGUUCUCCCGCCUCCUCGUUUGACGCGCUUUACGACCGGUGAAGAGCCAGGGUCUCCCGCUGAGGAUUCCAGCGAUGAUGCGGCAAACGUAGAAUGCUCGAGAUUCGAAUUCAAGAGUCCGCGUUUGGCUCAAGUCGUCAAUGAAGGCAGGGUACGUCGGGGAAGCCAGCUGCAGUGCCCGCCGUACCUCAUGGCCGGCGACCCACUCCCCCGUAAGGCGCCCGUGCCCUUCGAGGCGGAGACAGAUGCAGAGACACGGAAGCCGACGCUGGAGGAACUGAAGAGACAACACGAGCUCCUUCAAGAGCAGUUGCACCUCGUAGAGGAGCAGCUUCAGCUCCACCGAGAGCGACAGGCGCACGAAGAGCAGCGGAGGCGGCUGGCGGCGUUAGAGAAGCUCGAGAGAGAGGAGCGAGAAGCGGCAAAGCAGUUCAGGGAGGCGACCGACCAGGAGUUUUUGAAGCGGCAAGACCCGCCCUCAGAGUUUUUGGGGACGAGCGAAAAACUAAUCGCGCUUUCACGAGUAGGAACCCAGGAAGAAGGCGACCUUGCUGUCAGUGAGGAGACGGCUCGAUCGAGAGAAACCGGAGACGCACAAGAAACCUCCACGCAGAGAAGCAGGCAAGCCUCAGACAGCUGCUUGGACCAGGAAGAGGGACAGGGGCGCGUCUUCGACGACGCAAGCAGCAAACAGAGUUGGACGCUCGCAGAAGACGAGGCGGAUGAAGGGCCCUGAGGACUUGAAUAGAGAGGAAAACGGAGAGCGAAAGACAGACGGUUGGUGCAGUUGGAACGGGGGCAAGCGGAAGGAGAAAGCCGGUACAGUUGAAUUUUCUGCAGGUGUUUGGGAAAAGGCGAAAAUAUAUUUUUCAGCACGCUAGAUGGUGGUCGAAUUUCGGCGAUAAAACCACUUUCGCGGACAGCACGUCCCAGAAAAAAGUCAUGUUGGGGUUAUGGCCGUGUUUUGAAGUCAAAGGAGACUUCAGUGAUCCUUGCACUUGUUGACCAAGAGAUUUGCAGGUUCUCAUCGGCAUUCGCAAACGUUCUGUUUGUGACUAGAAAUCGACAUUGUUUAUCGGUGGGAGUUAUUACGCACUUUUCCCGAUUGUGUGUGCUCGUUGAGCAACUGGUGCUUCUCAAAAAUGCUCUGGGUUCAAUUUUUCAAUUCGCUACUGACCCUCCUCGCAGCGGUGGGGUGCAGUC